AUGUCUCACGUCCCCCGCUCCCUCCGCGCAUGUCUCGUCUGCACCUUCAUCCAAUCCACCACGAGCUUCGUUAAAACCGGAUGUCCCAACUGCGAAGACUUUCUCGAAAUGCGCAACAACGCGGACGUGGUGACGGAAUGCACGAGUGAAGUUUUCGAGGGCACCAUUACGUUGAAUGAUACGGGUCGGAGUUGGGUUGCGAGGUGGUCACGUCUGGAUGGGUAUGUUCCGGGAGUUUACGCUGUCAAGGUUAAUGGUUCGCUGCCGGAGGAAUAUAUCGCUGCCAUGGAUGCCGCGGGCGUGACUUACAUUCCACGCGAUGGAAGUGCCAGUACGGAUGAUUAG